AUGAAGCUCUCAACCACAAGUAUCGUCAUUAUCCUUGCUGCUACCUCGCAGGUAGCAGCAUGGUAUGUGACAUUCUACGAUAACACAGAGCGCUGUAAAGUCGACGGCGAAACGAAGUACCAGAUCCUCGAAGGCGACAAAUACGACUGUCACACAUUCGGCGCCAGCAUGGACGGCGUAGACUGCGUCCACUUCGUUGAAGGUGGUCGCAAUAGAAAAGGCUGCAAGGGCUUGUUCAAAGCUCAGUCAGCCAAGCCCAAGUUGAACACAAACUCCUAUUGCACGUUCUAUCCCUAUGCGGAUUGCAGAGAGCUUAGUAUUCGUAAGGAUCCGGGCCAGUGUGCAACUACGUUGGAAAUGAGUACUGUUAAUGGGCAGAAACCGGACUAUAUUGCGUCUUUCAGAUGCCAAAACAGCGAGUAG